AUGGAAUUCCAUCAGGUCAUACUUCUCCUUCUUCUUGUUUUUCUUGUUGAUUUAUCAGAUCGUAAUGUAAAAGCUAAUGCUAAUCACAACGUAAAUGGGGCAUCGAAGUGCAACAUUUACCAAGGGAAUUGGAUUUAUGACAACUCUUCUAGUCCUCUUUAUGGAACAUCGACUUGUCCGUUCAUCGGACUAGAUUGCCAGAAGUUUGGUCGGCCGGACAAGAAGUACCUCCACUACCGGUGGAAACCGACCGGAUGCGACAUCCCAAGAUUCAACGGACUAGAUUUCUUGACGAGAUUCAAGGGAAAGAAAAUACUGUUUGUGGGAGAUUCACUGAGCAAAAAUAUGUGGUUAUCGCUAAGUUGCAUGCUUCACGCAGCCGUUCCCAACGCUAGCUAUAACUUCAAGCUCGAUAAGUUCCUCUCUACGUUCACCAUUCCGGAAUAUGGAAUAUCUGUAAAUUUUCUGAAGAAUGGGUUCCUGGUGGAUUUGGUAAUGGACAAAACAGGAGGACGGAUAUUGAAACUAGAUUCUAUCAGUACCGGAAAUCUAUGGUUGGGUUCAGAUGUUGUCAUUUUCAACACUUUCCACUGGUGGAGUCACACUGGUCGUGCUAAGACAUGGAACUAUUUUCAAGUGGGAGACAAGGUAGUGAAAGAGAUGGAUAGAAUGAAAGCUUUCAAGAUUGCUUUAAAAACUUGGGCUAAGUGGGUUGAUGAAAACAUUGAUCCUUCAAAAACUAGGGUUUUCUAUCAAGGCGUUUCUCCUGUUCAUGCAGAUGGGACUGAAUGGGGUGAACCUGGGAAGAGUUGCUUGGGAGAGACGGAACCAGUGAAUGGAUCAAAUUACCCUCACUCAAACCAAGGUGAGAAUAUAGUGAAAAGUGUGAUCCGAGGGAUGGCUAAACCGGUGAGUCUCCUAGACGUGACGGCUAUGACGGAGCUGAGAAAAGAUAGUCACCCGUCGAUCUAUGCCGGUGGAGGCAGUAGCUUAAAUGACUGUAGCCAUUGGUGCCUCCCUGGAGUCCCUGAUGCAUGGAACCAGCUUCUCUAUACCAAUCUUCUUGGCAAUGUUUAGUGUUUUC